ACGCAGAAGCGGAAGAGACGUGGCACAUAAACACAGAGAAGAAGGUUCACUGAUGACAAGCUUCUGGAGCCGCCUUCCAUGUGAAUUUAACAAGGAAGCUUAAAUGACAGCUGCUAAACGUUACCUAAAGCCAACGGGAUUUCUUUAAUGUCUGAGUGACAGCGCAGGUGGCUAUGGGUCUCUGCAAGUGUCCGAAGAGAAAGGUGACCAAUUUAUUCUGCUUCGAACAUCGCGUGAAUGUGUGCGAGCAUUGCCUCGUCUCCAACCACAACAAGUGUAUCGUGCAGUCAUAUCUGCAAUGGCUUCAGGACAGCGAUUACAACCCCAACUGUGCUCUCUGCAACACUCCACUGACUGCACAAGACACUGUCAGACUGGUCUGCUAUGAUGUGUUUCACUGGUCAUGUCUUAAUACCUUGGCAACACGGCUGCCCCUCCAUACGGCCCCAGCAGGAUACCAGUGCCCCACCUGUCAGGGUCCAGUGUUCCCCCCUUCCAACCUGGCCAGCCCGAUUGCUGAUGUGCUGAAGGAGCAGCUGUCAUCUGUUAAUUGGGCGAGGGCUGGUUUAGGGCUGCCACUGAUUGAAGAGCCCAUCGGAGUCCAUGAGGCGUCCACAGCUAAUGAUGUCACUGAUUACACAGACUGGUCAACCUUUGAUGCACAAGAACAAAGUAACAUAUACCCCAGCCACUCUUACAAUACCAGCCUCAGCCCACCACCUAAUUCUGUCUCAGCUCCAGCACAAGAAGACCUUGGAGGUCCACAUAAAAAUGGGGAUCCAAAUAAGCAGGAGCACUCUGUGAUCAACUUCACCACUGCCACCACCUGCGACACUAUCACGAUACACACAGCAUCAUCACCACGAAAGAUCUACGACACACGAGACAUCGCCCACAGCUCGGUCACACAGAUUGACUUUGAUGAUGACAAGUACCGGCGGCGACCAGCGUUGAGUUGGUUUGCUCAGAUUCUCAAGAACCGCACAGGUGGAAAGCGGACAUCCCUGUCCUGGAAACAGCGGGUCUUCAUGCUUCUCUUGGUCGGAGUUCUGGGAUUCUUCACGUUGAUAAUCAUCAUGGCUAAACUUGGACGUGCCUCGGCCGGCUCAGACCCUAAUUUAGAUCCUCUUCUUAACCCCAACAUCCGUGUGGGGAAAAACUGAUAACAAGCAAUGAUCCCUUCUUUUUCCUUGAGUGUUCCAUAACAUAAGCCUGUGUAGACGAGCUGAAAUGGGACUCUCCAGUACAGGGUUGGCCCAGCAGAGGGAGCGGUUUACCCAACUUGAAGAGGCUGUUGUUAGAGUGGAGGCAGGCCCUGGUUCCAUUUAUUUACUUCAGGCUGUAGGAACACAACAGGGCCCUUCACAACAUUUAUACAUCCCACAACAUUCAGGAGCUUUCCUGUUACUCAAGCAAAGCAACACACAAACUCAAAAGGUGACCAAGGCUUGGUGCAUAUAGACAAAGGAUCCAGUAAGUGUUGCUUUGAUGAACAGGGGCACUAUCUAUAUUUGCAAUUCCAGCUAACAUUUGCCAGUGAUCUUUGUUAGUUGAUAUUUUUCUCAAGUUGACUAGAAACUAAAUAAACACUGUUGAUGUUGGAAGAACAUCUUAUGCUGGCAGAAAUGUCAGAAUGUAUAUAGUCAGCGGCAAAGCGUUUACAGUUAUAUACUGAUUCCAGUUGAUGAAUUUGUUUGAGUGACUUCUUCUUAACAUUUCUCCCUCAGAGAAGAUAUGACCCUCAGAACUGGAAUCAGAUACCCCACACAUACUACACAACUAUUUAUGAGUGUCUGCAUUACUUCUAAAACUGAGUGCUUUGCUUUUAGAUUUGCCAUACAUACUGUAUGUUCAUUUUCCUGAGGUUUUUGACUGUCCAUUAAAUGGGAAUACUGCAGAAAUGUAA